AUGUCCACCGACUUCGAGCGGCUGUCGCUGAACUCCUCGGCUAACUCCACGGUGUCGGCGAGCGGCUCGGGCGGGCGCUCGCUCUCGUCCAACGUGAGGAAGCUGCAUAACGCUCUGAACGUUUUACUCAGCGACUACGAGCGGGAGCAGUUCAUCCACUGCCUGAACGUCUACCACUCCAAGCGGAAUGUCUUCGACCUGGUGCAGACUCUGAAAGUGAUCCUGAACAGCCAGGAGAAGCGGCAGUUGCUGCCUAUGCUGCGGCUGGUCAUCCCCAGGUCGGACCAGCUGCUGUUUGACCAGUACACCUCGGAGGGACUGUACCUGAAAACCGAGCUGCUCACCCCGGGCUCUGACAGCCGCCAAGCCCGCUCCGCCGCUGCCAGCCACCUCCAUCAAUUAGACUCCCAGGUCUCCAGACAAGUGCAAGUCAAUUUCAGCACCGAAAAACGGACAGCUCCUCCCUAUCCAAGCUUGGUAAUGAAAGAAAAUUGUGGAGAGAUCAGGCAGGUGACACUGAAAAGAAACAAAACAAAUGAAGGUUUGGGUUUCAGCAUCCGAGGAGGAGCUGAGCAUAGGGUCGGCAUCUAUGUGUCACUUGUUGAACAAAACUCAUUGGCUGAAAAAGAAGGGCUUCGAGUAGGAGAUCAGAUCUUGCGAGUGAAUGACAAGGUGUUUGAUAAAGUUACCCAUGGAGAAGCUGUUAAGGUAAUUGUCCAAUGUUCCUCUAAACCUUAUGGCAGGGCAGCAACCCACAAGGCCAAACACAAUACCUCCCCUUUAAAUUACCACAACGGUAUGGUGCUGAAAGGUUCCAAAAAGUUGAUUCUGUCUGUGCGCUCAGUUGGCCGUAUUCCAGGAGGCUACAUCACCAACCACGUCUACACUUGGGUGGAUCCACUGGGCCGCAGUGUUUCCCCACCACCCAACCUACUCGAACACAAGAGUAACACACCGCAGAGGAAGGAGAGCGAAAAGAUGAGUAAUCUUCAACUACUCCAAGAUGGAGAUGAGAAGAAGGUAAACCUUGUCCUUGAUGAUGGGAAGUCAUUGGGCCUGAUGAUCCGAGGUGGUGCUGAAUAUGACUUAGGAAUUUACAUCACAGGAGUGGACCAGGGAUCUGCAGCAGAAAGUACAGGACUGAAGGUUGGAGACCAGAUUAUAGAGGUGAAUGGCAGAAGUUUUCUCAAUAUUCCCCACGAUGAAGCUGUGAAAAUUUUAAAGUCUUCACGACAUCUCAUGAUGACAAUAAAAGAUGUUGGGAGAUUGCCUCACACUCGGACAGUGGUGGAUGAGACUAAGUGGAUUACAGGCUCAGAGCUCAGUGAGACAGCUGCCUUUAGUGCCUCUGCAGGGUUUGCUGGAGAAGAUGUUGGGAAGGCCACCACUAAGCCUACAUUUUACAAAGCAUUGGCUGGGUCACAGGUCAUGCUGAGCAGCUUAGUGAACCAGGCACGUGCCAUGCUGGAUGAACAAGCCCGGCAUCUACUUAAUGAACAUGAGCGAAAAACUAUGGGUUACUAUCUUGAUGAGUACAAGGAAAACAAUGUAACUGUUCAGGCUCUGGUUAUGGCCCUUUUCGAACUCCUAAACACACACGCAAAGUUCUCCUUGCUAACAGAGGUUCGAAGUGUAAUCUCACCUCCAGAUCUGGACAGAUUUGAUAAUAUGGUGUUGAAACGUGAGAUUGAGUCAAUGAAAGCUCGCCAGAAUUCCAGCACAGGCACGGAUUCCUACUCUGUCGUGUCUUAUGGAGACACAGCCUCAUCCUCCGUUAGUUACUUCACAUCUACAACUCUCAGUUCAGCCCGGAAUGACACAGAUCUUACAGGAACAAAUGACCAACUGGAAGGAGAUAGUGGAAAUUUGCCAGACAUCUCUCUUGAUAAUGUGCAGCCCUUCACUGACAACUCAUCAAACUAUAGGCCUCUUCAACCUGAGUCCAGUAAUCCAGCCUCUUCACAGCAAAAGACAAUCGGAGACAGACCAAAACGGAGCUCAUCAGAGUCAUCACACUCAGGCCUUUUCUUCACAGUACCUCACAGUCCUUCGUUAACCACCACAAUCAUCGAUACGGAUUCCACAAGUGAUGGUUAUUCUCUUGCUUCUGCCUCUGUUGUUUUGACAGAUGAGUCUGUUUGUACAGUACACACUAAAAACUUAAAAACUCAAACUAUGAGUGGUGAGGCGACAGCCCAGCUGUCCCGUGUCAACCAGCAUAUCAUCGGACCCUUUCCUAGAGUUAAGUCUCCAACACAGUUGUUGUCUAAUGCCUCAGAGUGUUUCUCACCAUCUCAUCCAAAUCCACCUCCAUAUAAUCCAGGCCUCCUUCCUCCGGGGUCAACAGAGAAGCCACACCCACGGUUAGCAGCAGCCAAUCAGCACUUUGUAAUGGUAGAAGUGCAUCAGCCAAACAGUGAACCUGAUGUCAAUGAAGUUAGGGCAUUACCACAGUCUCGAGAAAUUAUGCCACUGUUCCCACCAGCUGCUGCCCUCUCCCAGUUAUCUGACAGUGGGCAAACUCUCAGUGAGGACAGUGGGGUUGAUGUUGGUGAAAUGGGUGGCAACAGCAAAGACAGCAGUCCCGUUCCUGCGAAGGGAAAAAUCACCAAGGACACGCCGAGAAAUGAACCCAAACCAGAGGCCGUUUUAAAGCCACCUGGCUUACUGGAGCCAACCUCGGUGUUGGUGAGAGUCCCUAAAAGUGCACCCACUCUGGGCAUUGCCAUUGAAGGAGGAGCUAACACUCGCCAGCCAUUACCCCGAAUCGUUACCAUACAGGCUGAACCGGAACUUGGAGAUGCUAAGUUACUUGCUUAUGAGUGUCAGCAGCAGGAAAGAACUAAACAGAUAAGUUCUUUACAGAAGAAACAGAAGCAAGAUUCAGCAAGGAAGAACCAACAGUCAAUGGUAAAAUUUCAGACGCACUAA